CCAUGGGGAAAGAAAAAGUAAAAAAAAUCUCAGAAUGAACUUAUAAAUUUGAAUGUCUCAAAUGUUUGAUUAGUUUCUUGAUUCUCUCAUUUUAUUUUAAAUCUGUGUUUAUUUGGGAUAAUUAACAUUCAUACUGAUUAUUCUACUCCUGCUUUAUUCUUCCUAUUAUUUUCAUUGAAUGUCUUUUUCCAUCCCUUCACUUUUAGUUUGUGUAUAUCUUUGGGCCUGAAAUGAGUCUCUUAUAGGUAGCAUAUAGAUGGGUCUUGUUUCCUUAUCCAUUCUGCCACUCUAUGUCUUUUGAUUGGUACAUUCAGUCCAUUUACAUUUAAGGUGAUUAUUGAUAGAUAUGUAUUUAUUGCCAUUCUUUUAAUUGCUUUCUGCUGUUUUUUAUAUCUCCUCUCUGUUCCUUUCUUCCUCUCUUAUAUUCUUCUCUUAUUCUUGAUGGUUUUCUUUAGCAUUGUAAUUGGAUUUCUCUUUCCUUUUAAAAUGUACUAAUUUUUGUGUGUGUAUUUAUUGUAGGCUUUAUUUUUGUGGUUACCAAAUGUUCAAGGACAGCUUCUUUACUAUCUAACAGUCUAUCUUAAAUUGACUACUCCAUUUUAAACACAACCUAAAGUUGAGAAUAGGAGAUGGAGAAAACAAACGGAGGAGAAGCCACAGUGGAGAUUGACACAGAGAAACUGGGGCUGGAGCUCAUGGAAGAAGACAUAUAUUCUGAGGAAAUCAGGACUGAAGAGCAAGGUCAUAGCAUUGAAGAUGGGUUGGGGCCUUCCACUCAGCAGAGGAGGAACCUACAACCUUUCACCAGGGCAAGAAGUUUCUGCAAAACACAUGCUGGCUUGCUCAAGAAGAUCCUGCUGGGCCUGUUGUGUUUGGCUUAUGCCGCCUACUUCCUGACAGCUUGCAUCUUGGAUUUCCAGAGGGCACUGGCCUUGUUCAUCCUCACCUGUUUGGUGCUCUUGGUCCUGGUUCACCACUUUCUGAAAAGGUUCUUUGGAAAAAAAAUAACCAAAUGUCUAAAGCCCUUUAAAAACUCCCAUCUGAAGCUUUGGAUGAAAUGGGUGUUUGCAGGGCUCUCCUUGGUCGGCCUUAUCCUGUGGCUGGCUCUAGACACAGCCCAAAGGCCAGAGCAGCUGAUCUCCUUCGCAGGAAUCUGCAUGUUUAUCCUCAUCCUCUUUGCCUGUUCCAAACACCACAGUGCGGUGUCCUGGAGGGCAGUGUUUUGGGGCCUGGGUCUUCAGUUUGUCUUUGGGAUCUUGGUCAUCAGAACUGAUUUUGGAUUUAAUGCAUUUCAAUGGCUGGGAAACCAGAUUCAGAUUUUCCUGAACUACACUGUGGCUGGCUCCAGUUUUGUAUUUGGGGAUAUGCUGGUCACGAGUGCCUUUGCCUUUCAGGCCUUACCAAUCAUCCUUUUCUUUGGCUGUGUCAUGUCCAUUCUCUACUAUCUGGGCCUUGUGCAGUGGGUGAUUCAGAAGAUUGCCUGGUUUUUGCAGAUCACCUUGGGCACCACUGCCACAGAGACCCUGGCUGUGGCAGGAAACAUCUUUGUGGGUAUGACAGAGGCACCUCUGCUCAUCCGUCCAUACCUUGGAGACAUGACACUCUCUGAACUCCACGCAGUGAUGACUGGAGGGUUUGCUACCAUUUCAGGCACUGUGUUGGGAGCCUUCAUAUCUUUUGGGAUUGAUGCAUCAUCCCUGAUUUCUGCCUCUGUGAUGGCUGCCCCCUCUGCCCUUGCCUUGUCAAAACUGGUAUAUCCAGAAAUGGAGGAGUCCAAGUUCAAGAAUAAGGAGGGGGUAAAAUUGCCCCGUGGGAAGGAGAAGAAUGUCCUGGAAGCUGCCAGCAAUGGAGCCACAGAUGCCAUAGGCCUUGCUGCUAAUGUAGCAGCAAACCUGAUCGCCUUUUUGGCUGUGCUGGCCUUCAUCAACGCUGCCCUCUCCUGGCUAGGGGAAAUGGUAGACAUACAAGGGCUCACUUUCCAGGUCAUCUGCUCCUAUAUCUUAAGGCCCAUGGUUUUCAUGAUGGGUGUAGAGUGGACAGACUGUCCAAUGGUGGCUGAAAUGGUGGGGAUCAAGUUCUUCACAAAUGAGUUUGUGGCCUAUCAGCAACUGUCUCAGUAUAAGAACAAACGUCUCUCUGGAGUGGAAGAGUGGAUCGGCGGUGAGAAACAGUGGAUUUCCGUGAGAGCUGAAGUUAUUACAACAUUUUCACUCUGUGGAUUUGCCAAUCUUACCUCCAUAGGAAUCACAUUGGGAGGCUUGACAUCGAUGGCACCCCACCGGAAGAGUGACUUGUCCAAGGUUGUGGUCAGCGCCCUCCUCACAGGGGCCUGUGUAUCCCUUAUCAGUGCCUGUGUGGCAGGAAUCCUCUAUGUUCCCAGGGGAGCUGAAACUGACUGUGUCUCCUUCCUAAAUACAAGUUUCAGCAAUAGAACCUAUGAGACCUAUGUGUGCUGCAGAGAACUCUUUCAAAGUACUGCUCUGAAUGGCACCAGCCCUCCUUCUUUUUCUGGCCCUUGGGGAGAUAAAGAGUUCAGUGCCAUGGCCCUUGCUAACUGCUGUGCGUUCUAUGCCAAUGCUGUCUGUGCCUAAGGCUGGUCCAUUUCCAUAACAGCCCUGAUCUUUAUGCCUUUUUGAUGGCAAAGAUGCUUAUGUACUCAGAGUUCCCACCCUCCAAGUAACUCACCACGAUCUUUAACAGUAAAUGUAAAAAUUUCAUUGUGCUCACUGUAUGCCCAUAAUAAAAAUUAGAUUUCUCUUUUCAUUAUUUGGCUGGACCAAAUAGGAAAUUUCUUAAGGGCUCUCUCUGAAUUUAGAUUUGAAAUAAUAUUACCAUAUAAAAAAAGCCUUGCUUCUAGUUUCCAUUUUAAAAAUUAUGUGCUGCAGUGUACUAUAAAUGUGAUGUGGUGUGUAACGUACACUGAGGUAAAAAGCUGUUAUUUCUUGUUGUUCUGUGGAUCAGUUGAGUUUAUGGUACUAGAGGUGGAUAUGAAAGUUACAUGAAUAUUUAAUAAGAUUUUUCUGAUUGUUACACAUUUGUAAACCUACAAAUUCCCUAACAUCAUUACACAGUAAACAAAAAUUGCUUCCUAUAUUCAAACUUGUGAGGGACAUCCAGUUCUUAAAGGCCUUUACUUUGUUUUAUUACACUUUAGUGCCAUAUUUACUUCAAGUCUCCAGGGCACCCUCUAAAACAGUAGUUUUCAGUGAAAAAAGGGGUAGGGGGGACAGCAGUCCUGCCUCCCAGGAGACAUUUGGCAAUGUCUUGAGACAUUAGUAGUUGUCACAACUGGGGAGGUGGCUGCUGACGUCUACCAGGUAGAUGCCAGGAUUGAUGCCCAACAUCCUACUAUGGGCAGGUCAGCUCCACAACAAAGAAUUCUUUGGUCCCCAACAUCAGCAGUGCUAAGGCUGAGGCACUCUGAUUUAAAAUGUUUAAUAUACUUCUUACAUCUAAUAGUGCCUAUAAUAUUAAUAAUAUUAUAGCCUUAAAGAAGAGUUUCAAAGGAUGUAGGGGUUCCUCAAAAAGUUAAACGUAGAAUUACCACAUGGCCCCACAACUCAGUUUCUAGAUAUAUGCCCCAAAGAACUGAAAACAGACAUUCAAACAGUACACAAACCUGCAUGUUCACAGCAGUACUAUUCACAAUAGUCAAAAGGUGGAAACAGUCCAAAUGUCCAUCAAUGGCUGAAUGGAUAAACACAUCAUAUUAUAUACAUACAACGGAAUUUUAUUCAGUCAUAAAAACCAUGAUAUACUGAUCCAUGCUACAAAGAGGAACCUGGAAAACAUUAUGCUAAGUCAAAGAAGGCAGACAUAAAAGCUUUGUAUAAUUACUCUAUGAUUCUAUUUUGUAUGGUCCCAUUUAUAUGAAAUAUUCAGAACAGAUAAAUCCAUCAGACAGAAUACAAAUAGGUGGUUGAAGGGCUUGGGGUGGGAGAAGAGGAAUAGGGACUGACUGCGUAAUGAAGUAUUUGGUUUUACUUUGGGUCAGUGGAAAUGUUUCGAAACUAGAUAGAGGUGGUGGUUGCACAACAUUGCGAAUGUACGAAAUGUCACUGAUUUAUUCAUUUUAAAAGUUUAUGUUAUGUGAAUUUCUCAAUAAAUUAUAUAUAUUUUAAAACAUGGAUGUGGUACUUCUAUGUUCCCUUAGCUAAUCUACCUUCUUCCACUUCACAAUUAUCUGAGCUCAGAACCUCUCGGUCUUCUUUCCAGCUUCCAUUCUUAUCUCCUCUCCCAUAUUUUCAAACUUGACACAAAAGAAAACAAAGCCUCAGUAAACUGCUUCCUGACCUGCACACUGAUUUUCAUCCUAGCCUAGUUUCUAAGAGGAAGGAGAAUGCAGUGAUUGGUGGUACUGAACACUAGGUCAGAUUAUUAACCUUUGCAUCUUUAUACAUGAACAUGUGCUUGGCACCUGUCACACUUCUGGCAUUGCUUAAUGAAAUUUGGGUUCUGAUUCAGGCUCUGCCACUUAUCCCAGGGUGACCUUGGGCAAGUUCCUUAACUUUUCUGUGCCUUGGCUUCCUUGUCUAUAAAAUGGGCAUGAGACCAACCUUAUAGGUAAAGGUUGUGAGGUUGUAAAGGGAUCAAAACAGUGACUGCUGACUCUAAGCCUGAUGUAAGGGUUAGUUGCUAUUAUUAGCUGAGUUCACUACAAUCAAUUUAUUGAGCUAUGCAUGAAAUUU